AUGGAUAAUGACCAAUCACAAACGAGUAAAGCAGCGCGAAAAGCAAUUGAAAAAAUCGAGGCUGAAUUUCGCAAGAUUCCGGCCAGAUCGCCUGACCUGAAGCCGAUUGAAAAUGUCUUUCACUUGGUAAAGGAAAGUCCCGAGAAUGAAGCAAUUGCUGGUAAUAUAACGUAAGAAACGUUCCAAGACUUUUCUGCGCGGGUUUUAAAAUCCUUGGAAAAUCUGUCAACUGAUGUAAUCGAUCGUACUAUUUCAAGCCUGUCAAGUAGAGUAGAGCUGUUAUUAAAGCAAGAGGAAAUCACAUAAAAUACUAGGAGUCUUAUCUUUUACUGUUAUAUAUAGUAAUUCAAGGCAGAGCAUAGUUAAUAUAGAAUACCUCUAUAUUAACUAUGGGCAGAGUAAGGGCAUUAUAGAUCAUAAUAGGUGUAGCCAUUUUCGCAAAUAGGCAAUUAGCUUGCUGUCAACAAGUAGAUUAAAUGCUAAGUACAAUUACACGUCUUCACAGCGUGACUCCAAUGGUGCAGCAACGCAAAAUUACAAACAGUGUUCCCUUGAUAUUUCCUAAUUAUUUGCCAAGGAUGCAGAAAUUUUUAAUAACUUGUAAUCUAAAACAAACUUAGCAAAGCAAUGUCCACAUGGUAUUGAGGUAUUCAGUCGUCAAAUGUAACUUGUGAAAUAUAUACAAGACCACAAAUUACGGCUUAAAUACUUGUUUCCAUCUGAUUAUAUUUGUCAAAAUGUGCACACGCCCAUAAUGUUGUUAGAUUAAGUACGAUUAAAGUGAAAAUUCUAAAAAAGGAUAUAUGUAUGAAAUAGCGUACUUUAAUAUGUCAUUAUUAUUAUAUUUUAUUAUUAUUGUAUUAUAAAUGUUUAUUAUUUAUUUAGACCCACGUUAUUAAUACGCAAAACAUUAUUAAAGGUUCACUAACGAUUCAAGGAUUAAGGCCGAUGUAUUUUGAUGAAAUAAAAAUAAAAAUGUAAGAUAAUGCACAUUCAGACAAUCCUGGUCAAAAAUUCUUCGCGCACGUAGUCCAAAUAGCAUAACCUUUACUUCAUUUCUGAUUACCAUAUAAAUACUUGCCCAUUUUAUGCAAAAUUUCAUGUCCAAACUCCCCCUAUCCCCCUUAUCAAUGUUGUGUAACACAUUGGACGUAUAACACACUACAGACAACAUUGAACGGGGGAAAGGGGGGUUGCUAUGCUUGUUAUUGAAGUGGGAGUCAAAUUUCACACGGUCAGUGUCAAGCGCGCCAAUAUUUUUGACCAGGAUUGUAGAUCCGUACUUUGAUAAGAACAGUCAUACCCUGAGAGUAGGUGGAAGGUUGAAGUACUCAGACUUACUUGAAGCCACUAAAUAUCCAGUUAUUAUUCCACACGGACACCCUAUUAAAGAGAAGAUCAUCCAGAAAAGACAACAGGAAUUACUCCAUGCCGGCCUGAAAUGA